CCUAACCUGUGUAGGAAGAAGAAAAAAAAUCAGAGUCUACUUACUCAGAGAAGAAACAGCAAUGGAUCCCAAACAACAGAAGGUGAAACUUAAUGAUGGCCACUUCAUUCCUGUCCUGGGAUUUGGAACCUAUGCACCUGAAGAGGUUGCUAAGAUGGAAGCUCUGGAAUUCACCCCAUUCUCUAUAGAGGUUGGGUUCCGCCAUAUUGACUGUGCUCAUGUGUACCAAAAUGAAGAGCAGGUUGGACAGGCCAUUCAAAGCAAGAUUGCAGAUGGCACUGUGAAGAGAGAAGACAUAUUCUGCACUUCAAAGCUUUGGUGCACAUCCUUUCGACCAGAGUUGGUCCGACCAGCCUUGGAAAAGUCACUGAAAAGUCUUCAACUGGACUAUGUUGAUCUCUAUAUUAUUCAUUUUCCACUGGCUCUGAAGCCAGGGAAGGAAUUAUUUCCAAAAGAUGAAAAUGGAAAACUGAUAUUUGACUCAGUGGAUCUCUGUCACACGUGGGAGGUCCUGGAGAGGUGUAAAGAUGCAGGGCUGACCAAGUCCAUUGGGGUGUCCAACUUCAACCACAAGCAGCUGGAGAAGAUCCUGAACAAGCCGGGGCUCAAGUACAAGCCGGUCUGCAACCAGGUGGAAUGUCACCCUUAUCUGAACCAGAGCAAACUGUUGGAUUUCUGCAAGUCACAUGAAAUUGUUCUUGUUGCCUAUGCUGCUCUGGGAUCCCAACGAGUAAAAGAAUGGGUGAACCCAAACCACCCCGUUCUCCUGGAGGAUCCGGUUCUCUCUGCCAUUGCCCAAAAGCACAAGAAAACGGCAGCUCUGGUUGCCCUUCGUUACCAGAUACAACGUGGGGUUGUGGUUCUGGCCAAGGGUAACAACAAGAAGUGGAUCAAAGAGAACAUACAGGUGUUUGACUUUGAACUGACUCCAGAAGACAUGAAAGCAAUCGAUGGCCUCAACAGAAAUAUAAGAUAUUAUGAAUUUCACUAUGGUGUUGGUCAGCCCGGCUAUCCAUUUUCUGAAGAAUAUUGACUCUCAGCUCUCACUGUGGUUCUUUGAGAAUUACUUGCUUCUAGGACUAUGAAGAGGAUUUUUGUAUUUGGUGGAGGUGCUUAAAUGAAGUGUCUGAAUGUUUGAAAGUUUGCCUUUCCUUUAAAAAAAAUAAACAGUUUAUGGAACAAUA